GUUGCUCUCUAUACAGCACAAAAUAAAUUUAUACAAAUUUUUUAAAUUUAUUAGAAUACAAGAUAGUUUGAGUUUACUUGUCUAAUUUGUACAUGUACUAUUUUGUAAUCAGAUAUUAUGUGUGUAAUAAUAAAUAUAGGUUGUCCAAUUAUUGUCAAGGUGGAGGCCAAGAAGCUUAGUGUAGAAGCAAUAGAUAACCUUUAUGCUGGAAGAAGUAUAAUAUAAUUUACGUUGUUCUAGGAUUGAAAAAUUAAUAUUCUUUCAAAAAAUGAGCAAUAAAAAAGAAAUUCAGAAAGAAAAAACAACUCAAGCAGUAGUGGUAGCCGAUACAUUUUCAGAUGAGUUCUUACCUAUAACAAAUGCUGUUCCUCAUGCCCUAUUACCAGUUUUAAACAAACCGCUAAUCGACUAUACUUUAGAAUUCUUAUGUCUUGGGGGAAUAGAAGAAGUGUUCUUAUUCUGUUGUAGUCAUGCUGAAGAAAUUAAACAACAUAUUAGUAAGUGUAUAAAUAAUAGAGAUGGUUGGAUAUUAACUAUGAAAGUUAAUGUGAUUGUAUCAGAAUCAUGCCAGUCUUUUGGUGAUUGUCUUAGAGAUUUGGAUGCAAAAGGAUUGAUUCGUGGAGAUUUCGUUUUAUUGGAACCUGGAGUAAUAUCCAACAUACCACUACUACCACUUCUAGAGAAGCACAGAGAAACUGUAAAGAAGGACAAAUAUGCGGCUAUGACAAUAAUUUUACAAGAAUUUGGAAUUGGACACAUUGGAUGGCAAUCAAGUGAAGAUAUUCUAUUGGCUACAGAUUGUCACAAUAGAAUUCUGCUUUUCAAACAACUUGGUAAAUCCCACACCAGAAAAGUAGAGUUUCCUAUAGAAAUAUUUUUGGAGAAUUCAACUGUAAACCUUCUACAUAACUUAAAAGAUACUCGAAUUGCUAUAUGUUCUCCAUCUGUUCUUCCAUUAUAUUCUGAUAAUUUUGAUUUUCAAACCAAGGAUGAUUUGAUAAGAGGAUUGUUAAUGAAUGAAGAAAUUUUGGAAGGAACAAUUUACACUCACAUUUUACAAGGUAGUGAUUUUGGAGGAGCUAUUUCUUCCUGGAAAAUGUAUCAAGCAAUUAGCAAAGAAUUAAUGAGAAAAUGGAUACACCCCCUGGACCAACCUCGAAAAAAGAACAAGAUUUUCAAAAAUGGUGUUGUUAUCGGAGCUGGGACUCAGGUUACAGAAUCAUCGAAUGUUAAUAAAACUAUUUUAGGCCCAAAUGUGAAAAUUGGUAAAAACGUAACACUGAAUAAUUGUUUUAUAUUUUCUGAUACCAAAAUAGAAGACAACGUUUCUAUUCUUCAUAGUGUAAUUGGUCCAGAAUGUGUAAUAAAAGCUAAUAGCAGAAUAUUUGCAGGAAGUAUUAUAGGAAAAGGUGUUGUAAUAGAAAACGGGGUGGAAGUAGAAAAUAGUUUGAUUCAAGCCGAGAUCCCCCAAAAUGGUGAAGAAUUUGUUAAAUUGGGUAAUAAAGCAUACCAACUGAAAUUAUCUUCUGAAAACGAUAGAGACGUAUUGCUCUCAGCUUUGUACAAAAAGACAUAUCGAUUGCGGAUUAACGAUGUCGAAAGCGAUGAGGAACAUGAAGUUUUCGAUGAUUUUAGCGAUACUGAAGACGAAUUGUCUUAUACUCAGUCACCUGUCCCCGAUGACACAAAAUUAUUUUUUAAUGAAGUCAUUGAUAGUUUAACAAGAGGUUUCGAAGAUAAUCUGUUAUGUGAUAAUCUGAUUCUGGAAAUUAAUUCAUCCCGAUAUGCAUAUAAUGUAACUGUCAAAGAGGUAAACUUCAACGUGGUAAAAGCUAUACUUUGUAUCUCUGUGAAGGAGCCUAUUGGUGUGCAAUAUUUCUCACACUUAUCCCGUUUAUUGUCAUACUUUGCUCCAGUCCUAAAGAACUACCUACGUAAUGAAAGUGCAAUGUUGGAUAGUCUACAAGCCCUUGAGGAUGUUGCAACAUCAAACGAAAAUGUGAAUGAAAAGUGGAUAAUAGCAAUCUUACAACAUGUGUAUAAUAAAGAUUAUAUAACUGAAGAUGUAAUCUUAGAUUGGUUUAAUAAUCUUGAUCAGUCUUCUAAGUUUAGAAAUCAAGUUAAACCAUUUGCUGAAUGGCUCCAAGAAGCAGAAGAGGCGUCUAGUGAAGAAGAAGAAAGUGAUUAAUAUUUUUUAAAACAAUUUAUUUUGAAAACAAAUAAACGUUAAUUUUGGAUCCAUUUAGUUACUAAA